AUGGAAGAUGUGGAAACUACUACAGAGAAGACUCAAAAGGAAUCGGUGUGGGGAGAAGGGUCCAGCAGACUCUUCACGAACUUGCACCAAGCGGAUGAAUGGUACGUGGCGGACUCUGAUUCCGAGGAUAUUGCUGCGGCCAUGAGGGAAGACGAUCUAGACGAUGAGAUCCCAGAAGACGAUGACCCGCUAUGCCCGACGAUUGCCUUCACGGCUUUAGAGAAACAACGAUGGAGACGAGAAUGGCGGUCUGCCCUAAUCAUCAAAGUCUUAGGCCGCACGUUUCCUUUCCCGGCUAUCGCUCGUAGACUUGAAGUCUUGUGGGCAAAGUGUGGUACAAUCCAGGUGUCGAGCCUCUCGUUUGGUUUCUACGUGGUAAGGUUUACAAGCCAAAUCGAUUAUGAGCUGGCAAUGGGCGGCGGACCGUGGAUGAUGGGAGAUUUCUACAUUACGGUUCGGCCCUGGCGGGGCAAUUUCGAUCCCAGAACAGCGGAGGUUGCGUCGACGAUGGUAUGGGCGCGAUUCCUGGGGCUCCCUAGAGAAUUUAUCAACAAGGAAGCUGUGGAGCGCAUUGCGGAGAGGAUAGGUAGGCCUAUACGAGUGGAUCGUGCAACUCAAUCGGGAGAUCGCGGAAAAUAUGCACGUGUUAGCAUUGAAGUGGACCUCACCAAACCUCUCCUACCAAAAUUCAAGAUAGAAGGAAUAACCUACUACGUAGAGUACGAAGGACUACAUCGUAUUUGUUCGGAUUGUGGAAAAUACGGUCAUAUGAAAGCUGCGUGCCCCAGCCUUCAAAAGAGUAAUGUCCCCCCACCGGUUGUAGUCCAGGAAGAGAGAGACACUAGCCCGUCCAGUACCUAUGGGGAAUGGAUGAUAGCUCCAGUACGUGGGAGAGGGAACAGGAACAGAAAAGAAGGCCCAGACAAGGUUGACGAAAAGAAACAGGAGCCCAGUAAUGAGGCGACUCUGAGCCCUUCAUCAGGCUCCUGCUUUGCUGUGCUCACUGAGGAGGAGGAUGGCACAAUGAAGGAGGCAGCCAGUUUGCACCAAGUGGAGGAGCAACGGGACAAAGAGCAGGCCGAAGUUAUUGAGAUGGAGGCGGUCACGAAGGACUCAGCGGAACUUGGUGAGAAGGUGGAUACUCAAAAAAGGGCGCCCAAGCUGAGUGGCACCCCAGCUAGCCAACCCAAGAAUGUCGACCAGGGCACUCUGGAAGGCAUCGAGGGUGUUAACCCAAAAGAUAGUGUUCGGAACAUGCAAUUUAGCACAAAAAAUGGCCACAGUGUUGGGCACCCGCGAAGUAACACCCUUGAGCCAAGAGUAAAUGGUGAGAAGAAUAAGAAACUAACUCCGGCCAAGAAAAUUCCGGCCACAGUGGACAAAGUAAACCAGGCGGGGUCUGCCCAGCCAAAUAACGCUUCGAAAGACGGCGCGGGGAGCCGAUCCCCUUCGGUUAAUAGAUGA